AUGGACAAAAUCGAAGGUUCUUUUGUAUGCGUCACAAGGACUUUUCCAUCGGGCGUUACGUACUGCGUUGAGAGGGCCGAGGAGGGACGGGAUUCGAUACUGUGCACGGCAGCUCUUCUUGGACACACGAACUGCGUCAGGAUUCUCGUUGAAUACAGAGAAGCAGACGUCGAAGAACUGGGCUCAGGCGCCAAUCCAAAUGGCGAAACCAGUUUCAACGGCACUCCACUGCAAGCAGCGUGUGCACUUGGGUACUUCGAAAUUGUCAGGCUUCUUGAGGAACACGGGGCCUACAUCGAGGCUGCUGAUAACCGCGCUGUCACUUGUCUGAUGCUUGCUUCCUUCGGCGGCCAUUUGGAAAUCGUGAAGUACCUUUUGGAAGUGCACCCCGCUGAUGUCAAUGGCAAAAAACAUAGAAGGUACGUCAAUGGCGAACUCAUUCAUCCAAAAACCCAGGAUAAUUCGUCUUGUCCUUCAGAUGGGGAGUUCAGUGAAGUCAACACCUUGGAGGAAUUAGAAAGUAUAGAAUCAGACCUCAAGAAGUUCAAUUGCAGGCACUUCUCGUGA